GUCAGCAAUGUCUUAUUUGAGUGGCGCCAAAACACGACAUGACUCAACACGCACACCCAUUGAGAGAGAGAGAGAGUGUGGGUGUGAGAGCGAUUCAGGAAAUUGCGUGACGAAUUCGCAGCGCGAGCAGUGAAAGUGGCAGAUGAGUGAAAAACAAAUGAGUUCAGACACUAAGUAGCUCAAAUUGGAACAGGCUCUCAAGUUGCGGCACAUCAAUAACCAAGCAGUUAUCCAAAAUAGUAGUCGUAGUCCGACACCAACACCUAAUUAGGGUCCAAAAAGGCGACUGACAAGUUUAGCGCCACUAGCGCGGGUGGUCGAGGAGCGAGGAACGAGGAACGAGGCACGAAGAGGCACAAGGAGAACAAAAGCGGCCACCGGCAAUGGCAAUGGCAAUGGCGAAGUCUAAAAUCACUUUGAAUAAGGGCCAAGACAAAAUCUAUCUUACCUUGGCCAUUGGAAAGAGCAUCGUUUAUCUUUCAGUUAUAUUAUUACUGAUCCACUGCGGACGAUAUGUUCACGUGAUGAGAAGAGGAGCUAAGGAGUCCAGCGGCAAGGCUAUCCUCCUGUGGAGCGAGGGCGCGAUGACCAUUCCCAAUUGUGGCUGUCUGGUGACCAGUAAACGCAAUUAUGCCGGCGCAACGUUUGAGGCCAACGUCUUCAAUGGAGAUCGACCGUACUCCCUGAAGCGACUCGAUCGGAUCAGGCGUACCCCAAAUUUCCUGGCUGUCUAUGCUCUACGACAUCCCAAAAGCCUGUCGCGCGAUCCACUGUUGGGGCAUGGUAAAACAAUCUUCAACUUUACGAUGACUUAUCGCAGGGACUCGGAUGUGAUCUGGACAGAUUACUACUUUGCCGAAGAGCAUAGCAAAGAGGCGAGCUUCCUCGAAGAGGUGAACCAAUCGGUUGCCAAUUUACGCUCUCAGCUCCAGUCGAAAUCCGCUCUGGUAUUCUACAUGAUAUACGAAGUGAACAACAACUCUCUGCCCGAAAGUCUCUACCUGCAGGAGCUGAGAAAGUACCUGGAGCUGGAUGCCCAAAUCAGCUGUCAUGGCUAUCAUGAUUGCGCUCAAUAUAAAUUCAUGCUGAUCUUUGAGACCAGCACAUGUCCGGACUAUGUGCAUCCGCAGUUCUACACGGCAGUGGUCAACUUUGUGGUGCCGGUGAUAAUUGGUGGCGGGAAUCUUAGCCAGCUGGUGCCAACAGGGUGCUACAUCAGCGGCGGAGAUUUUGGCACACCCAAGCAGCUGGCUGAACAUCUGGUGGAGCUGUCGUCACAGCCGCAGCUGUACGAGCAAUUCUUCUGGUGGCAUUCCAUGUAUCGACUCCACAAGAGUCCGCAUCCCUUGUGCGCCCUCUGCCGCCAACUCGGUCGCGAGGUUCCGCGACGAGAGCGCCAACCUGGCGAGUUCCUUAAGUGGUGGACUGGAUACCAGUGUCCAACUCGCACCGAUCGUCUGGCCUCUUUGCAAUCUUCUGCCUGAUUCGACACACACACAUUCAACCCGAAUUAUAAUUGUCGCCUGCCAAAUUGGAA